CCGGCCGGCAGAGCAGCAGCAGCAGCAGCAGCAGCAGCAGCAGCAGCGUUCAGGGAGGCUACUCGUUGUGGCCUGCUUACUGGCUGAGCAACACAGCUGCUGCUGCUGCAGUCCAGCUGCUGCAGCAGCUGCAGCGGCGGCAGCACCAGCAGCAGACGGAAGCCGAGUGCGCCUUAACAGCAAAAAUUUGUUCAUCUCUUGCUGAGCUGCACGAGCCUUUGGAAACUGGAUCUGAUGAGGCGGUGCUGCAGGAACUUGGCACUGGAGCAGCGGGAGACCUUUUUGGCUUUAAUGCCCGUUUGUGCAGCACGCAGCUGCUGCAGCAGCAGCAGGUGCUGCUGCAGCACCGGCUGGUGGCGCUGCAGCAGAAGGCCGUGGAGCUGGCGGAGCUGCUGCAGCAGCAGCAACAGCAGCAGCAGCAGCACCCCCGCAAGAAGCAAAAGCAGCAAGGAGACUCUCAAGUGCUGCAUGCGCUGCAGCAGCAAAUCAGCAACAGCCAGGAGGCCUACGGCCGCCUCGCCCCUCUCUAUCUAAUCAUAAGCAACGAGCUCCACCAGCGGUGGCUGCGGGUGAUCGCGACUUUGGACGCCUACUUUGCGCGCAGCAGCAGCAGCCCCGAAGCAGAUGGGGCUUUAACAGAUUUGCCGCUUUCUUUGCUGCUGCCGGCGCUGCAGUUCUUUUGUGGGGAGGAAGAGGGCAUUGCUGCGCGCUGCUGCUGCUGCAAGCAGUGCCUCGGCUUCCCCAGCAGCAGCAGCAGCAGCAGCAGCAGCAGCAGCAGCGAGGGGAAGGAGUGCUGGCAGAGGAGCAGCAAAAUUUGGAGGGACUGCCUCUACAGAGUGCUGCCUAGACACGACCUGCACAACGACCUCUGCGAAAUCCUGGUCAGCAAGAGCCUUGGCUGCUUCUGCCUCCGCAGCAGCAGAGAGCAGGAAAUUGCCAACCAGCUGAGGGCUUACAAAGCCACUUUGUUAACAUCUUUGGAGCAGAUGCAGGCUGCUGCUGCUGCGCUGCAGCAGCUGCAGCACGAGAUGCAGCUGCUGCAGCUGCAGCACAGGCACCACUUGCGCGUGGCCCAGCAUCUGCAGGAACAGCUCCAGCAGCAGCAGCAGCCGCAGCAGAAGCUGCAGCAGCAGCUGCAAGAAGCAGAAGCAGCAGCGGCAGAAACCGCAGAGAAAAUGCAUGAAGCAACUGAACAGUCUAAGCAGCACGAGAGGGACUUCGCGGGCCACACGCAGCGCUGCGAGCUGUACGUCUCCUUUUUAGGGGAUUUGCUGCUGUGUCAUCCUUCCAUGCUGCGCCGAGAAAUAGCGAAGCAGCAUGUGCAGCAGCAGCAGCAGCAGCAGCAGCAGCAGCAGUGUGAGGAGCAGCAGCAGGAGCUUCAGCAAGGCGAAACGGGCGCAGCAGCAGCAGCAGCAGCAACAGGAGAGUGCCUGCUGGACUUGCUGUGGAGAAUAGUGACUGCAGCAGAAGCAGCAACAAAGCGGCUGCAAUCCUUUGCCCUGCGGGUGCUGAUGAAGCUGCUGCUGCUGGGCCUAGUGCAGCAGCAGCAGCUGCAGAAGGAGCAGCAUGAGCGGCGGCACGACCAGCAGCAGCAGCAGCAGCAGCAGCAGCAGCAGCAAGACAUGGAACAGACGCAGGCCGUGCUGGCUAGCAGAUUUGAAGUGCUGCUGGAGGCCCUUUACCUGCAGCCUGUGCUGCAGCACCAAUACAGAGAACACGAGAAAUACAUAAUGUCCCCAACUCUCGUUGGGCUCUCUGCUGAAGACAAGACUUUCAUUUCCUGCUGCUUGUCUCUCUGUUUAUCUCCUUCUCUUCCUGGGGGCCCCCAGGGGCCCCGUGCUGCAGCACUCGGGGCCCUUGCUGCUGCAACGCAGCAGCUGCUGCGGCGGGGCCUCAGAGGCGCGUUUGUGCUGCAGCUGCUGCAGCAGCAGCUGCAGCAGGAGAUGCGCAGCAAGCGCGUCGACGGCGCAGCGCAGCAGGUCGCGGACGCAGCAGCAGCAACUGCAGCAGCAGCGGAGAAGCCCGAAGAGCUGCAGCGGCUCGCAGCAGCAGCUGCUGCUGCUGCUGCUGCGCCUGCAGCAGCAGAGGCAAAAGAUGCUGUGCCCGCGCUGCCGCAGCUGCUGCGAGGCCUCAAAAAGCUGCUGCACUUCUGCUUCCUGUCGCUGCGGAAGUUGGCUUUUGCUGAAGCAGCUGGGGGGCCCCCCGAGGGCCCCCGCAGCAGCUUAGAGGGCCCCCAGGGGGGCCCCCCGGGGGCCCCCCCAGAGGGGCCCCCUGAAGAAGACACAGCUGCGCAGGCUUGCGCAACAUUUGUGGAAACCCUGUUUCUGCUGCUGCUGCAGACGGAGGAGCUGCUGCAGCCGCUGCUGCUGCUGCAGCAAAGCACGAAAUUUCUGGAUAUCAUACCUGCUGUCGUCGCCCUGUGGCUAGACCCUCCCCCAGCAGCAGCAGCAGCAGCAGCAGCAGCAGCAGCAGCAGCAGCAGCAGCAAGCGCGCCAGAGUC